AUGGGAAGGCGAAAGACUGGAAGAACAUCCUUGCAACACAAGGAGUUGCGAGAUGAACAGCGCAUAUGGCUCAAGGGAGAGAUUCUCCGCAGCUACGAGCAGCUGGCGCUCAAAAAUGGUUUCGUAUACGCAAAUGGUGUUUGGAAAGGUCAAGGUGAUGUCAAUUCAUUCAUACAGGCUCUUGUAGGUGAUGAAAAAUUUAAGCAAUCGCUCCCUAAUUCUGGCAAAUGCUUCGACGAAGUGUUGGCUGAAGGAAUUGCCGAGCUCAAUUUGUCCGAGGCUAUGGACCCUAUGGAUAGGCCUUCAAGUACCAUUUCCAUCAAGAACGCAAACCUAAAACAAGUUGUGCGGAAAAAGGUAAAUAGAGAAUUCAAAGCAAUCCGUGAUUACUUGCUGCACAAAGUUGAUCGGUUGUGUGGCCUGCACAAGGCAAACUGUAAGGUGAAGUGGAGGCAUUUCUUUGAUAUUCUUGGAGAACAAGACUCAGAUGAGCAGUUGGAAGAAACUGAAGGGGAUUCGGAUUCCCCAUCGCAAGACGGAUCCCAAGCCAAAAGGCAGAAAACAAGAAGCAGAAACUUCGUUGAAGGAUUCUUGAGGAGCAAUGUUGUGAAUAACGUGUUGGAAACAUCUUUGGGUUCAGAUCUGGGCCUUUUAAACGGUUUGAAGCACGCUGCAAGACACCUAGUACCAACACCGCAUGAAAUUGCUGUAAAUCUCAGUUCAUUGGGGAUAACAAAGCGACAAUACGAAGGGUUUCGAUCAAUGGAUGGCCUCAAGGGAUGCUUUCCAGAUUAUGAUAAAAUAUCUCAGGUGCGAGUGGAGGUCAAGCAUGACCUUACUAGGAAGUUGAAAAUUAAUUGCACAGAGGAUGGAACUCAUUACCUUGAUCUGAUCUCAACUGUCGAAGAACUUGUCGAUUUGUUGCAUCUGAUUGGAAAAGACCGGCUUACUAUCUGUAUCAAUUAUGAUGGAGCCACCAUUACGUUUUCUGCUGGCAAUAACAAGAAAGCCACUGAUGUAACCAUAACGAUCCUCCCAUUUCAGAGUGACUGCACUGACGGAGAAUGGAACUUUUGGGAGAAGCUUGCUCGCGAAUCUUCUUGUUUGCUUACAAUUGCUUACAUGCCUCAUCCUGAUAGCCCUGAGGUUUUUAAGCGAAGCUUUUGGGUACCCUUUGGACCAGCACUGCGGGAGCUGCAAACUUAUGGGAUUCAAAUUUUCGAUGGCAAGGCUGCUGGUGGGAUGCAGAAGCGCCGCGAAGGUAGACAUCCAGACAAAGUGAUCAGUGUUCUGUUCAUAAUGAGAUCAGACAUGCAAGGUCACUGGUACAUUUUCGAUAUUGGUGGAAUGAGAGAUGUUGAAAAGAUGUUUUGCAUGUGUUGCACCGAGCUACUUACAGAUCACAGAGCCGGUUCAUGGUUUAAAAUCGUGACAGUCACUGAAUCUGACAAUCUGAUCACCUUUUGUGAGAAACAUCGGAUUGUGAUGGAUAGUAUCCAGAGUCUGAAUGAAGAUUGCAAAAACCCAGCCUGUUUCAAGUCCUUUCACGAGACGGAUUACGCUGAAUUCCAAGAAAUGAUGGAUACCCACAAUCAAGCAAGAGUCAUGGAAUCUUUGAUGGACCCAAGCAAAGUUAUUCCCCCAGGUACAAAGUUUCCUAUGCUGCGCCGUGUUCCCAUUUGCAGACAGAAUAUUCAAGGCAUGAAUCCAUUGUUUUUUAUUCACUGCACGAUGCACAUGCAUGGAAGGAUAGUGAACUCGAUGAUAUGUGCGUUGCAGGAAAGAGCUGUACAAUUGAGGAAGCUCGCCUUCAUCAACGAUGAAUUACAAUCUCGCGGUGUUUCAGUUCAGUUUAACGACAAAUCUGGUCGCAGGCAAUUGAAUGGAGAGCAAUGUACCAGAUUUUUGAAGAAUUCUCCAAUGAUUAUUGACUACUUGUAUGAGACUGAUUCAGAGAAGAGACAAGAAUGGCAUGAAGUCGUUGAAGAAUGGUCCUUUUUGAGUAGCGUACUCAUGACACAGCAUCGAGACAAAAUUGAUCUAGAAGUAGCAAAGCAAAUCCCAGCCAGGAUUCGAAGUUGGUGUGUGAAAUAUAUAGACGUCGUUGGGGACGUGAAGAUGUUACAGUCAUUUUACUUCCAUAGCUUGUGCGUCGGCCAUAUCGGUGAUCAGUUCGAAAGCAUCAUGGAAGAAUGUGGAAUUCCUUUAGGAUUGUUGAAUAUGUCGAACGUUGAAAACAGACAUCGCUGGCAAGGUAGACCUUCAUUUGCUCAAGCCUUAACAGAAAUCAAUGCUUUCAUGAGCGGAAAGCGUCGCAGAGAAGAUGGAGUUCAUCAGCCAAUUGCAGAAGAUGACUGCACAUUCGAGGCAGCGUGGUCGUAUUAUGCCAUUUCUUUGUUAUUGAUGAACAGUUGGCACAAUUUAGAGAAAAAGGGAAUUGAGUACAAAAAAAUUUUAGAGGGAGGUUUAGGCGGUAUGUAA